ACGGCAACAGAAUGAGCGCCGUUGUUCUCCUCUCACUUUGAGAGGCGGCUGCUCUUUUCAUUUUCACUUUUUUAUUCAUCAAGUGGGUCAGUCCUUUUCCUGGCACUGACCUCCUGCCUAGUCAUUUGGGACCGUACCAUGCCGGUGGUUGGCGUCGCCUCCAAACUCAGGCAACCGUCCUCCGCGGUGAAGCCGGUGCACAGCGCCCUGCCCUUCCCCAGCAGCCCGCGGGUGAGCGCCGCCUCCCAGGGCUUCAUGGCCAGGCAGCAGGAGCUCAAGGCGGGCGAGGGCGCCCCCAUGCUCCACUGCCAGCUGUCGGUCAAGUCCCAGUGCCAGCCGGCGAGGACGCCUGAAGGGAAGUCCAGGGCCGAGAGCGAGGAGAGCCGGAUCUGCAAGAUUUACACUGACUGGGCCAACCACUACCUGGCCAAGUCUGGCUGCCCGCGGCUCAUCAAGGACCUGAGCCAGGACGUCACUGAUGGAGUCCUGCUGGCACAGAUCAUCCAGAUAAUAGCCAACGAGAAGGUGGAGGACAUCAACUGCAGCCCUCGGAGUCACACACAAAUGAUCGAGAACGUGGACGCGUGCCUCAGUUUCCUGGACGCCAGAGGAGUGAACGUUCAAGGGCUCUCAUCAGAAGAGAUCAGGAAUGGCAACCUGAAGAGCAUCCUGGGUCUCUUCUUCAUCCUGUCGCGCUACAAGCAGCAGCAGCAGCAGCAGCAGCAGUACUACCAGUCGCUGGUGGAGCUCAGCCAGCAGACCAGCGGCCUCAAGUCGCAGGAGAUGCAGUCCAGUCUCACUGCGCGGUAUACAAGUCCUCCAGGCCAUGCUGGAAUAGGAUCGCCCCAGAAGAAAAACACAAGGUUACCGGGACCUUCCAGGGUACCUGCUGCAGGCAGCGGGGCCUGCAGGAGUCCGGGCUCGUCCAAUCUCAACCGCCGCAGCCAGAGCUUCAACAGCAUCGACAAGAGCAAGCCUCUGCAGUACGCCAGCGGCAACGACCGAGAGGCGAUGAGGAGCACCCCUGCACCCGGCGGCUUGAAUGGGAGCGGACUCAGCGGGACUGUUCCCGCCAGCCUCAGCGGGCAGCAGCUGGUUUCUGCCAUUCCCUCCCCCGCCGCUAGCAAGUCGUGGCGCAGCAAGUCUAUGAACCUCAAGCACAGUGCCACUUCCUCCAUGCUGGCCAGCCCCACGCAUACGUCCACCCCGUCACCUUCAUCCAAUAUCCAGGAGGGCAGUGGACCCCAAAGAUCCAUGUUGGAGAAGUUCCGCCUCAUCAACCCUCGGUCCGCCUCCCGGGUAUCACCGUCCAUGGCUGAGAUGGCUCUGCAGGAGGAGGACGACCUUUCAGAGUACGGGGACGAUGGACUCACGCCCACCGGGUCCGUCUGCAGCAGCGGCAGUAGCAGUGCUACGGCUAAGCUCGCCCCCACCAAGUCCAGCACGUCAACAAGCAAGACCUCAUCUUCAAAGGGUGCCGCCAACGCCGGCAGGUCGUCGGCCAUGUCCAAAGACAAGGAGGACAAAAGUAAAACCGGGAGCAAGCUCCAGUCCAAAGAGGAGCGGGAGUCCUUUGCGGACUCCACAAAGAAGAACUCCAAAAUUGCCAGCUUGGUACCCAAGGGAGCCAAGCAAGGGAAGAAAGAGCCCGCGGGAUCUAGUGGCAUACCCAAGCCAGGACUUAAAGCCCCCUCCACGACAAAGCCUCAGGGUCAGUCCCAAAGCCAGGCGAGCCUAACCAGCACUGCCAACCUGGAGCGAGCCAAGAUGGCAAAGGGCGGCCAAGGUCUCUACACCCAGCGCACCGGCGGUGGUCCAGAGGGCAAGAGAACCAGCAUGACCUCCUCCACCAGCACCUCGGCCCUUUCUGGAUCCGGCGGCUCGCUGGCAGGAGGAGGCGCCCUGGGGGGGAACGGUGUGGUUCAACUCCCACAGCAGCAACAGCACAACCACCCCAACACUGCCACCGUGGCCCCCUUCAUGUACAGGACCUUCUCAGAGAAUGAUUGCACCAUGGUGGCUCCAGCCGACCCCUGCCUCAGCCCCACCAAGGGGGAGCUGGUCUACAGCAAGACAGCCAAACAGUGCCUGGAGGAGAUAUCAGGAGAGGACCCCGAGACCAGACGGAUGAGGACGGUAAAGAACAUCGCUGACCUGCGGCAGAACCUGGAAGACACCAUGUCCAGUCUCCGGGGGACACAGAUCAGCCACAGCACACUGGAGACCACCUUCGACACCACCGUCACCACCGAGGUCAACGGGCGGAGUCUCCCCGCCCUCGCCAGCCGCCCCUCCCCCAUGGCCUGGCGCCUGGGCCAGACGCCCACGCCGCGUCUGCAGGCGGGCGAGGCCCCCUCCGUGCCCGGCGGCUACGCUGCGCCCCGGGCCACGGCGGCGGGUGCCGGCGGACCCGCGGCGGGGCGCUACGGCGGGAACCCCGACCCCUCCAGGUUUGUGUACAGCGCCCCCCUGAGGCGGGCGGGGCCACGGGGGGAGCAGAGCGAGAGGGGAGGCGGCGGCGGCGGCGGGCUGGAAGGAGGGAAGCAGACGGAGGUGGCGGGGUACGUGAGCGACGGGGACGUCCUGGGGAAGAACGCCCGCGUGGAUGACGUCACCAGCGGAUAUCUCACCGACGGGGGUCUGCAUCUGUACGCGCGCAGCACGGGCCGAGCGUCGGACUCGCCUUCUUGUCGAGAAACGUCCCACAGAGGCAGCAAGGAGAUGCAGGGCGACGUGGACAGCUGGGACGACAGCAGCUCGGUGAGCAGCGGCCUGAGCGACACCUUGGACAACAUCAGCACCGACGACCUGAACACGCCCGCCUACCCCUCGGUCAGCUCUCCGCGCAAAAGCAGGGGCGCCCAGUCGCAGAGAGGAAGUAAGUCCAAGCAUGCCGAGCAGGAGGUAAGCAGCAGCUGGGCCGGAGCCGAAGACCUGAAGAAGGUGGACGAGGAACUCGACGCGAACAUGGACCCCAACGGCGCCUCCUCCCGCUGGAAGUCCUCAUCGUCCUCCCAAGCCCACAGCCAGUAUGAGGAGGCCGGUCAGAAAGCCACAGCGCUGACUCAAAUAUCCCAGACCGGGUCAUUGAGAAGGGGCAUGACAGCCCAGGUGGGCAUCACACCACCUCGGACCAAGGGCACCUCCUCCCAUAAAACACCUGGCAAGACUGACGAUGCCAAGGCUUCGGAGAAAGGCAAGGUGCCCUCCAAGAGCGCUUCUGGCAUCCAGCGCUCCCCGUCAGACGCUGGCAAGAGCAGUGGAGACGAAGGCAAGAAACCCCCGUCUGGGAUUGGACGCCCCCCAACCACGGGUUCUUUUGGAUACAAGAAGAUCCCUGGUGCCUCUGGGACUCUGGUCACCUCCAGUGGUGCCACGCUCUCCAGUGGUUCGGCCACUCUGGGAAAGGCACCCAAAUCCUCAGCGGCCCUUGGCAAGAGCGCAGGCAUCGGUGGCGUGCGGAAGACCAGCCUGGAUGGCUCGCAGCCUCAAGACGACGGCAUCCUGCUCACCUGCGGGGGCUCCAAAGUGCCCCUCCAGUACCGCUCUCUGCCCAGACCGGCUAAAUCCUCCAACGUCAGCGGCAAAUCGGUCAGCGGUGGGACGGCGGCCGGAGCCAAGCGCAGGGACGGCGGCAAGGUGGGCUCCGGCGACCACUCCAGUCCCAUCAACAUGAACCAGACGGACAAGGAGAAAGUGACGGUAACGGAGCAGGAUCCGGGUCCCAGCCCGACGUCCUCUUCAACGGGGCAGACGGGUCUCAGGCAACCGGGCUCUAAAUACCCCGACAUUUCCUCGCCUACCUUCCGCAGAUUAUUUGGCACCAAAGCCAGCAGCAAGGCCAGCUCGCCGGGCACGCCCGACUCUGGCAAGUGCCCCUCGACCCUGGGCAGCCCGCACGGUGCGCUGGCGAGGCAGGCCAGUCUGGAAUCGCCCUCUUCCGGCACCGGGAGCCUGGGCAGCGCCAGCGGGCCGAGCGGCGGCAGCAGCCCGCUGUACGGUAAAACCCCCGACCCGUGCACCGAGUCCCCGGCCUCCAGCCCGGCCUCUGGCCUCUCGCUGCCUUCCAACGCUCGGCCCUGGCCCGCCUGUAGCUCGUCGGCCGGCAGCAAGGACACUCUGAGCUGCCAGAGCAUGAGCAGUCUGCACACCAGCUCUGAGUCCAUUGAUCUGCCUCUGGGCCACCACGGGCCAAAGGUUACCAGAACCGGCAGUGUCAAGUCCACCCUGUCUGAGGGCAUGCCUCUUGACAGAAACACGCUACCCAAAAAGAGACUGAGGUACCCUCCCUCGUCUCGCCAGGCGUCCCACGAAGACGGAAUGGAGUGGCUCAGGUCCCACUCCACAGGGGGCCUUCAGGACACGGGCAGCCCCAUGUCCCCGCCCGGGACCUCCUGCACCGCUGCUGGGAAAUACCACUACUCCAACCUGCUCAGCCCCACCAACAUCCUCCACUACAACCUCCCGCCUGCCAGCAGCAACAUGAGUCGCUCCAACAGCAUCCCCGCCCACGACUCCUUUGACCUCUACAAGGAGGGCAACCCCCUGGGGGGCAGCGCCACCUCCCUGGAGGACCGCCCGCGGGCUAUCAGCCGCUCCAACUCUUUUAGAGACAGCACGGAUGAAGUCCACGGCUCUUCGUUGUCUCUGGUCUCCAGCACUUCUUCACUCUACUCCGCAACAGAGGAGAAGGCCCACUCCGAGGGCCAAACAGUCCAAAACUCCACGCAAAUCAGAAAGCUUCGCCGGGAGCUGGACGCGUCUCAGGAGAAGGUCGCGACCCUGACGUCCCAGCUGUCUGCCAACGCGCACCUGGUGGCUGCCUUCGAGAAGAGUCUCAGCAACAUGACGUGUCGCCUGCAGAGCCUCACCAUGACCGCCGAGCAGAAGGAGUCUGAAUUGGUUGAGCUGAGGGAGACCAUAGAGUCGCUGAAGACCCAGAACACCGACGCCCAGACGGCCAUACAGGUGGCGCUCAACGGCCCGGACCACCAGCACAAAGAUCUGCGCAUCAGACGGCAGCACUCGUCGGAGAGCAUGUCGAGCAUCAACAGCGCGGCCAGCCACUCCAGCAUGGGCAGCCUGGGCAAGGACGGCGAGGACAAGAACAAGAAGAAGAAGAAGAACUGGGUGGCUGAUUCCAUCCCAGCUCAGCUGCGCAGCUCCUUCAAGCACGCCUUCAGCAAGAAGAAAACCAAAUCGCAGUCGGCUGUGGACGAGAUGGAAGAAAUGGCCGACGCUUUGCCGCCUUCGCCCAAACUGCAACACCACAACAGGCAGGGCAGCAUCCCCACGCUGCACAACUCACCCUCCGCCACAGAGCUGUGCGAGUGCACGGAGGCCGAGGCCCAAAUCAUCCUCCAGCUGAAGAACGAGCUGAGGGAGAAGGAGCUCAAGCUGACGGACAUCCGCCUGGAGGCGCUAAGCUCCGCCCACCACCUGGACCAGAUCCGGGAGGCGAUGAAUCGCAUGCAGAACGAGAUCGAGACGUUAAAAGCGGAGAACGACCGCCUCAAGUCCAGCGGCAACGCCACGCCGACGGCCACGCCCGUCAAGACGGCCCGGCCGCCCUCCGAGACCUCCAGCACGUCCUCGUCCUCCUCGCGUCAGUCCUUGGGCCUGUCCCUCAACAACCUCAACAUCACCGACACCAUCAUGUCAGAUAUUCUACUGGACGACAGCUACGAUGGAAACCUGCGCAAGGAAGGUCGCAGUGUGCGGAUCGUGGUUCACAUCAACAGUGGACCAAGUAGAACCAUGGGCACGCAAAUGCGGGAGUACCUGAUUGGCUCGAUAGGCGUGAGUGGGAAGACCAAGUGGGACGUCUUGGACGGCGUCAUUAGACGCCUCUUUAAGGAGUACGUGUUCCGGGUGGACCCGGUGACCAGCCUCGGUCUGAGCUCGGACAGCAUCGUCUGCUACAGGAUGGGCGAGGUGGUCCGCGCCCACUCCUCCGAAGUGCCCGAGCUGCUGCCCUGCGGCUACCUGGUGGGCGACAACGUCAUCAAGAUCCACCUGAAAGGCGUGAAGGAUAACAGUGUUGACAGUCUGGUGUUCGACACGCUCAUCCCCAAGCCCAUCGUCCAGCGGUACCUCAACCUGCUGAUGGAGCACCGCCGCAUCAUCCUGUCGGGGCCGAGCGGCACCGGCAAGUCCUUCCUGGCCGCCAAGCUGGCCGAGUUCAUGGUUUCCCAGAUGGGCCAGGAGGUGACGGAGCACAACGUGGCCCGCUUCAACGUGGACCAGAACUCCAGCAAGGAUCUCCGUCAGUACCUGUCCAACCUGGCGGAGCGCUGCAACUCCUCGGGGACGGACCCAAAACUUCCCAGCGUGGUCAUUCUGGACAACCUCCAUCAUGUUGGCUCGCUCAGCGACAUAUUUAAUGGCUUCCUCAAAUGCAAGUAUCAUAAAUGCCCCUAUGUGAUUGGGACCAUGAACCAGGGGGUCUCCUCCUCCCCCAACCUGGAGCUGCAUCACAACUUCAGGUGGGUGCUGUGUACCAACCACACGGAGCCCGUCAAAGGCUUCCUGGGCCGGUUCCUGCGGAGGAAGCUGAUCGAGACGGAGCUCGCCAAGAACACGCGCAGCAACGAGCUGAUCAAGACCAUCGACUGGAUCCCCAAGACGUGGCAGCACCUCAACUGCUUCCUGGAGGCGCACAGCUCCUCCGACGUCACGAUAGGUCCCCGGCUCUUCCUGUCCUGUCCCAUGGAUGUAGAAGGAUCCCGGGUGUGGUUCACUGACCUGUGGAACUACUCGCUCGUGCCCUACCUGCUGGAGGCUGUCAGGGAAGGACUUCAGCUGUACGGCAAGCGGGCGGCGUGGGAAGACCCGUCCAAGUGGGUGAGCGACACGUACCCGUGGAAAGGCGCCUCGCUGCAGCAGGAGGGCCAAUCGCUGCUCCAGCUGAGGCCCGAGGACGUGGGCUACGAGGGCUACAGCUCGUCCAAGGAGGGCGCCUCGUCCAAGCAGGUGUCCCAGAGCGACACCGAGGGGGACCCCCUGAUGAACAUGCUGCUGAGGCUGCAGGAGGCGGCCAACUAUUCCAGCACGCAGAGCUGCGACAGCGACAGCACCGGUCACCAUGACGACCAGCUGGACUCCUCGCUGGAGUCGGCGUUAUGACGCGCCGAGUAGCGCUCUGGUCUGCAUCUGUGAGGCAAAGUCCCAGGUGACAUGAUAUCGUACAGGUACAUGAUAUCGUACAGGUACAUGAUAUCGUACAGGUGACAUGAUAUCGUACAGGUACAUGAUAUCGUACAGGUGACAUGAUAUCGUACAUGUGACAUGAUAUCGUACAGGUGACAUGAUAUCGUACAGGUACAUGAUAUCGUACAGGUACAUGAUAUCGUGCAGGUAUUUCCAACAGUAGAUGUCAGCAGCAAGUGGAACAUGUUUACAGGAGGAGGGCAGGUACUAUUCUUCAUGUUUACACAGGUGCUUCUCACACGCAUGCACUUAAAGACAGGAAGGAAGGUGUUCAUUGGUCCAAACCCCCCAUGUGACCAUUUGAGCAAGGCAUGAUUGCUGCUGAUGCGAGGCAUGUUUAUCCAACCUAGAUGAAUGUGUGCUACAGGUGCGCUCCUGUGUGACAUGCCCCUUACCAAACAUGCAACAACACUUACUGUAUGUGCCGUAAACAUUAUAGUUUGGACUGUCAGGGUUAUUUUAAAAUACAUUUUCUCACGAGUGAUGUCAUCCAGACGCCCCGCCCCCCCCAAACUUGUGCUGCAAAAAAAAUAAUAUAUUAUAUUUUAAUUUCAAGUAAAUCAUUGACAGAAAAUUCAUUUUUUCCUCUAUUUAUAUAUAUAUAUAUUUUUUUUUUUAUACAAAAAUCCAUUUCCAUAUAUGAUUUUCAAUGUGUAUCAUAUUUGACACAUCGGGUCACACGAUACUAUUUUGGUGUUUUUUUUCUCAUAACAAACCAAAGCAUAUUAUGACACGCAGAAAUAUCAAUCAUGUUUUUUCCAGACAUCAAAAUAUCACAACACACACACCGAGUGUUCGCCACAAAAUAGUACAGUAAAUAUGUAUAUUCACCUCUAAAUAUACCAUAUUGUGUCAUGUAAACAUUGUAU